AUGUUCGAGGGUUGUUCAUUCUUGGUAAUAAGCUCUGAACCCUUCAAUAGCGAUGAUGAAAUCAAAAGGGUUACUCGAACCAUAGAAGAUAAUGGAGGAAAGGUAUUUAGAAAAGAAGAACACGAUAAUAGUCAGAAUUAUUUGAGCGAUAAUGUGAGCUCUGUAAUACAUCAUAUUGUUACACGAAGUGUCGAUUUUAUAGAGUAUAAUACGGCAAAGAAAUGUAUGGUCCCCAUAACGUCUCCUGAAUGGGUCUUUGAAAGUGUCAAGGAGGGCAAGCCUUUAAAUCCUAAGAAAUUUAAUCCUGACCCCAAAUAUUUCAUGAAAGACUGCUUUAUAUGUGUGGCAGACAAUUUACCUGUUGGGGAUAAGGAAGCGAUAUAUGGGGGUGUCCAGGCAUUUGGGGGACAGUUUUUUGACGAGUUAACGAGGUAUACUACUCAUUUGAUUGCGGUUGACUUAAGUAACGAAAAGAGUAUCAUUGCAUUAAGUGCUACGGGCCAAAGUAAUGGUGUUGAUGAUAUAGAUAUAAAGAUAGUAAGUCCAAGCUGGAUAGACGAUUGUCUCAAGUUUGGCCGAAAGUUGAGCGAGACGUCAUAUUUGAUGUCAAAGUCGAAAAUUGGCGAUUCCUCCCAAAACGAGCAAAUGGUUUCGCCAUCUACGCCAAAUCAUUUCAUUCAAGAGAGCCAGGAGGUUCCUCCAAACCAUUUUGAUUCCAACUUUUUUCAAGGCAAGAGUGUUUAUAUCAAAUCGGAUUAUAAAUUAUCUGAAAGAUUAUUUAAUGCAGUGAAAACAUUGAUUGAACGUCAUGGUGGUAAGAUAUUGAAUAAUUUUGACGAAGAAGAGGUUGACAUCUACAUUGGCCAGUACAGAGCUGGCGAACAGUACGUGAAAAGCUGCAAGUCUAACCGAAUAAUAGUGGCAAACUUGCAGUGGUUGUAUUCGAUUAUAGUUACAAAUAAAUGGGUUCUACCAUUGAACUCCAACUUUCUUCAUUAUCCAAUUCCCCCAGAACCUUUGCCUAACUUCAAAAAGUUGAGAAUUUCGGUAACCAACUAUAGCGGUGAUGCUAGAACCUACUUAUCUAUGUUAAUAACCAUCUUGGGAGGCACAUUUACCAAAACGUUGACCAAGGAAAAUGAUUAUUUGAUUGCAGCAAAACCUACUGGCAAAAAGUAUGAAGCAGCAACAAAUAAAUGGGCUAAUAGAGCCGGAGGUACCAAUGUCAAGGUUGUCAAUCAUAUUUGGUUGGAGGAAUGCUUUGCGAAUUGGAAAUUGCUUGACCAUAAUGAGCCUCAUUUUCAGUAUCUAGGAAAUGGCGAAGGUGUCGAGACUCUAUUGGGAAAAACGAAGCUCGACGAGCAGGUAUUGAAAAGCUGGUAUACAAAAUCUAUGGUAGAGACCACAGAGGGUGAUGUUGAUGAUAGUUGCAGCGAACCAGAGACUCGUCAAUUGAUUAACGAACUGACGAGUCAAGCUAAAGCCAAUACAAGAAUCAUUCCAGCUGAAGAGGAAGAUUUUCCUCAGUCAUUUACGAAAUCAUUUUCAGAAAAAGAAACACCACCUUUGUUGCCAUCUCCCAAAGAUAAAAUUAUAAGUAACGCCACAAAAGAUGAUGAAAGUCCUCCUCUUGAGCAAAGACUUGGUGGCAGAUCUGCUGCCAAGAAAGCGGCGGAGAAAUUGCAUUCAGAUAUGGCCGAUUUGAAUAAUUAUAAAGAAUUAUCGAGGAGUGCUAGAAAAAUGAAGUCAUACAUGGAAGAGCUUGAAAACUCUUUGACUCCUAAAAAACGCCGGAGCUCUCUCCCUGAAGAUGAAACUGAAACUGUUGAAACUCCUGAGCCAUUUAAAAAGAAAACAAGGCCCACUAAAAGCACUAAUUCUGACUUCCAAAUCAUCGCCGUUAUGACGGGAUGUGAACAAGUGCUUACUUUGUCGAAACCUGAUUCAGCAAAGUUGGCUAAAGCUGGAAUCAAGGUAUUGACAGACUUAUCAGAAAAGUACGACAUCAACACUUUAGUAGCUCCAAGAAUCUUGAGAACGGAAAAGUUUUUGAGGAGUUUGAGCAAAGUCGAUAAAAUCAUACAUCCUAAUUAUUUGUCUGAUAUUCUCAGCAAAGGAAAUUUAGAUACAUGGUCUUGGGAUUCAAUAUCAAAAGAGUUCAACAUUAAUGACUAUUCUCUUGACAAAGUCAUAGCAACUAAAGAGCUUAAUGCUGAAUUAGGAAUUGCUGCAAAUGCCAAAAAUGGGUUCUCAAAUCUUUUAAAAGGAAAGAAAAAAGGAGAAUUAUUUAAAGAUAUGAAGUUUAACUUAUCAACGAACUUGAAUGGUGGCGUCGAAGUCAUUUCAAGAAUCCUUAGUUCUCAAGGGGCAAUUGAAAUGAGACCCGUGAAAACAAUAAAUGCAUCGAACAUUAAAUCUCUUCUUCAAUCGGUUGACGGAAUUAAAAUAGUCAUUGCUAAUAAGUCGAAAGAUACCAAACUAAUCAACAACUUCAAGAAGAUUGAGCCUGAGGGAAUGAUCAUCGACUGGGACUGGUGUGUGAAGUCUAUUUUUAAAAUGAAGUUAGAGAAGCUCGAAGAUUUCAUCUUAUAG